GUAGGAUUGGUUCUACGCAAAAAUUGGUGUCAAAUUCUUCUACUCAUAACCCCCCAGCGAUCCCCCCCAUCGCGGAGAGAUGAUUGAGUGUACGAGUAGUCUACAGUGCUGUUAGGGUACUCAAGGUCAUGUGCCAAGGUCCCCGAUGUACUGAACCAGCGGUAACAAACAGUACGGGAUGACGCAAGCAUUCAUUCCUCCUUCACCCUUGCAAGCAUAACGGCCCGUUUGUGCUAUGAUACUACGGGCACUCUGUAGUCUACUGUAAAUCAUCAUCUCGAGCAUUGCCGCCCGUCGCUCCGCAGCUCUUCAUCCCAAAGUGAAAGCGCUAACCCAUAGUAUAGGCCACCGCUAUACAAUAGUCUACCCACCCGAGCACAGAACCUCAAGCCACUACACAUACAAGUACCGGUGCCGGAGAGCCCAAUAUUUCACUUCACUCCACUUCCCCCUGCACCCCUCCCCUCUGCCCACAGUUCGGAGAGAGAUAAGGAAUCGAGAAACCCCGACCACAAAAUGCAGCUCAAGUAUCUUGUGGCUCUGCUCCUGCCUGCUCUCGCAGCAGCUGCAAAGAGCGUCAACUACAUUGUCACCUUCCAGCCCGAUACUCCGGAUAGCGUUAUCCGGGAGGCCAUGGCUACCGUGAAGGCCAACGUGGGAAAACCCCCUCCCCCAACCCUAGGAGGCGCGAGGAAAGGCUAAAGAUGUUUUCAGGGAGGACGAAUCACUCAUCAGUACAAGAUCAUCAAGGGCUUUUCCGUCUAUGCCCCUCACGAAGCUGUCAACCAGGUUUCGAUCCAGGCGAGUGAAUGGAAGCCCGUUAUUGAGGAGGAUAGUGUUGUGAGUGUUUUCCCCUCCAGGGGCUUUUUAUGGAGCUGAUGUGAGUGGUUCAGGUCAACACACAGUCGGGAUGAGCCAAGCCAUGUGUCUGGGGUUUGGCGGUUGGAGUAGUUGGAUUUGUGGAAUCACGGAAGACGAGAGCGCUGCUGGUGCCAUAAGAUCCUCCUGGACGGGGUGAUAUUGGAUUAUUAUUAUUCUUCUUCUUUUAUCCUUUAUCUCCUUCCUUUCCCCUCCUUCUCUUCUUCUGUGUGCUCUAUUUUAGGGGCCGUUGUGAUUUGCUUUGGCAUUGGGGCUAUGAUGAAUGGUGUUGCUCGAUACGUUGGAGUGGUGGUGAUGAGCGUAUGCGAUGUCGUGAUGCUUGGGAUGACGUGUUGUUUGAUCGGUGUGAGGGACCGCGUGAUUAGGGCAGGAGAUGGAAGGAAGAGGCUAUCCUCGUACUGUACUCAUGCCGUAAUCAUAAUGCUUCUAUGGCGCCCGAGAACCAUCAAGGCGGCCCGUGAGAUGAUAGGGUAGGGCCACAGGUUACAGAGCCUUGCGUGAAUGGGAAACCAGCCACCCGCACCAGGGCAGAAAGAGAUUCGUUUCCCCCCUGUGCCUCCGUUUGGUCGAUUCGCUUAAAUUAUUGAAGCCUCUGGCCGUGAGUGCCGUGGAAGCCUGCUCUUCCCCAAGACACGGACCACUCCCCCGAGUUUUUUUGUUUUUUUUUUGAGGCUGAUUUCUUCCGUUUUCCCUUUUUAUCCCCGACCAGUGAGGCAACAACCAAUUCGCCCCAAACAAAAAAAUAAAAAAAGCGAAUAAAAACACCACCCUUCUUCCUUCUCUCGGUUCAACUGCAGUGCAUCACCGCCAUCGUAACUUCCCACAACAACAGAGCGCGCGCUCGACAUGGUGAGGGCGUUGCUCUUCAAUCGGAACCCGGCUUGUUGGGGUUGUGGCCAGAAACCCCCAUCAUUGGCAGGCGCGAGGAGAGCUCUGAACGGGAGUGUCGUUUACUUUGUCUGCCCCUCGUGUGGCAAUCCGAAUCAUUUUGACGAGGUAAGUCUCCUACCUCCGAACCCGCUCCUAACCCGAACCCGGCUCCGCUGACUUCACGAAGCAUGGUGAGAUCAGGGAUUUCGUCCCAAGCACCCCCGAGGGCCCGGCACCACGAUUCGCCCGCAAACGGCACUCGCCUACGUCGAAAGCCACCUACGAAGAGCCUCCCGCGUCGCCCAUCUUCUGUCGCGAUUGUCUGAACAACCAGAAAAUCGUGUCCACGCGAAUCGGAGAUUACGAGUUGCCCCCGGACGACCACCCCGAUCUCGAUUACCACAUCAACGUCCUCUUUCCGCGCUUCCAGAAAGAGCUGGAAGAGCGAUUUCCUUUGGUUUGUGCGGAUUGUGCGCCGAGAGCCAAUGAGCAGAUCCGCUCCAAGAACUAUAAGGUCAAGGUGGAGAGUUUGCGACAGAUGCUCGCUAGGAGUGGGGAUCCAUCUCGGACAAGGGAGGAGAAGGCGAACUCCUGGGGCUUGUUCGAGAGGCUUGUUUGGGUGUUGAGGGGUGGCGUGUGGUGCUAUUCCCAUUUUAUCGUGGCGGCAUGGGCGGGGACGGCAAUGUUGUUCCCAGAGAGAGCGGUCGGAAUGGUGCUGACGGAUGGCGGGGGGACUUGGGUCGGUUGUCUCUCGCGCAGCUUUGAGGAUUCGAAGCCUGUCCCGGAUUGCUAUGAGGUGGCCUCGAGACACGCACUCAAAUUCUUGCCUUGGAGUAUUCUCGGAUUCUUUUGGGUCUACUGGGAGAGCUCGCUGCAGAAGCAUCCAGAGAAGAAACUGGUUGGCUCGAAUGAGUACCUUUGGAUGGAAAUAGGGGUCUGGGCAUUCAGAAUGGCAUGUUGGGUAGUUUUUGCGUAUUUCAAGUUGACCUUCUCGGAAGAUAUGAUGUUGAGGGUAUAUCUGGGGAUCUUUUUCUUCUCUAUCAUGGCAGGUUUUCCCUCCACCCUUUUACCCCUCAGCUAUCCUAACCCUCCCAUCGCAGUCGACGCUAGGCUCCCUCUCUUGUCUAAAGUUGGAAAAUCCUCCAUCAUUCUCGCUGCGGGAACCAAUGCCAAUUUCCGCGACUCCAUCACCUCCAUCGUCACCUCCGCAGGAGACGAUGAAAGGUAGCUGUCAGCCGAGACCACCGAACUACCAAUCCAUGCAAGGCAGCCCUACGACUCCACGUCUACCGCUCAAGAAGUUGAUACCGCCCACAACUGGAGCAAGCACAGUAUAUUCGCCACAAACCGACUUCCGAUCUGCCUUCACAAUGCGAGACGGUUCAGUUUCGCCGUCGCCCUCCCCCGCUCUUAACAGAAAGAAGGGAUCCUGGUCUCCUGACGCCAUGGACUGGAACCCGACCGACAGAGACGAUGCGCCUUGGGAGAAACCAAUCCCUCAACCACCAUUUACCUCUUCCUUUAACCGGCAGUCACCCCAACCUCAGCCGCAACAGCAGCAACGGCAAUAUAAGUCGCCAUUCACCGGUGCACUCCCGCCGGCACCAAAACCCCCAAGCCACAGAUAUGUCAGCUCCCUCAUGCACCCGGCUCCGGUAAAGCCCAUAAGAUCGCAGCUAGAAAAGGAGCAAUUUUUCCACCCCCGCCCAACCGGAGCAUCUCCCGAAUUCGCCAAACUCUCCGACCCAACCUACACCCUUGGAAGCGGUUAUCCGCCCCUAGCUAACCAAAAGCUCUUUGUGGAGGACGAGCAAACCGGUCUAGAAGGCCUCUUCGGCCCCGGUCUGAAACUUGAUGACGAACCAGAGCUCCCGAUCCGUGCCCGGCCAAACCCAGGAUGGGCCGGCGUCCUCUGGCGCGUUAACCUGCUUGUUGCGUGUCUAGCCGUGGCAACAAAACUCCAGGACACCCCCAAUGUCCCCACUGCCGCGUCCCUGAUCUCAGCCGGCUGCGUCGCCCAGCGCGACAAGGCAAGCCGAGGCCUCAGCCGAACAGUUCUCGCCUGUGCCGGUGUGCUCCUGUCCAUCGCGGCGGUCCUUCUGCCAAGGGAUCAGUUGCUCGAGCGCACCCUACUCACGUUUGUUGCCCUCGCCCUCGGUAGCGAAUUCUGGGGUGUGCUUGUCUUCUUGCAGAAGGAGCGCGCGAGGAAGUUUUAUGAACGCGAGAGGAGGAAGAAGUUGGAGGUUGAGGAACGGAUUAGGAGGGGGAGGAAGGGGUUGAAUUCUUUUGCGGGUAUGUCGUUGUAA